AUGUCAUUGAGCGGCGACUCUGCAGAUCACCGGCGUUUAGUCACUUUCGUUUUUGAGUGGCUGCCUCUGUCUUUUGCAGAGAAAGAUAAGAAGGCAAAACUUGACGCCAAACAAGCGUUCGAUGCUGCACAACACUGGCUCACAAAAUGCCUGGCCGGCUGGCGUCUGAAACUUUACACCAUUGGGACAGAAGUCCUCAACGCUGGAAAAUGUCCAAAAACUGCAGCUCGUGCUAUGCUCAUCUUUGCAGAAGCUUGCAUUUUGCUGGAUGCCAUCUGCGCAACAUUGCCCCUGGUUCUCAAAACGCGUCCUGUCCCCAGGCAGUCGCCGCAGUCAAGCACGUUUGACAUUUUAGGGCCGGAAAGGGCAGUGGACGGCCGGGACGAUGCUUGGUACAGGGGCUACAGCUGCAGCCACACGGAGCUUGAGCAGUCCCCUUGGUGGGAAGUUGAUCUGGGCGACUUCUUCCGCAUUGCUAAGGUCCGCAUCACAGACCGGAACGAGGAUCUUGGCGAUCGUGUUAACCCAUUUAACAUCUCGGUGGACGGUGUUGUUUGCAGUAGCAACACUCACAUCCGUCCUGGCUAA